CUCACGCGCGCGUCCUCCCGCCUCUCCCCCAGGGGGCGCGCUCUGAUGACGUAGGAGGCAUCAUGGCCGCCGCUAGGCCGGGAAGGUGAAGUUGGCAUCGGUGGAGGCCACACAAGCAACAGCCAACCUCCCAACUGAAGCCCUUACGGAUAAGGAGAAUGCAGAUUCUGCACUUCUUUGUGACUUCAGCCAUGGCUAUCCUGUGAGGUCUCUCACUACCUGGAAACGCAAUGUCCCUGCUCUUCUCCCGAUGCAACUCCAUUGUCACUGGCAAGAAGGACAAGCGACACAUGGCCGAGGUGAAUGCGUCCCCACUCAAGCAUUUUGUCACCGCCAAAAAGAAGAUCAAUGGGAUUUUCGAGCAGCUGGGGGCCUACAUCCAGGAGAGUGCCACCUUCCUGGAAGACACCUACCGGAAUGCAGAGCUGGACCCGGUCACCACGGAGGAGCAGGUUCUGGAUGUCAAAGGUUACCUGGCCAAAGUCCGGGGCAUCAGUGAGGUGCUGGCCCGGCGGCACAUGAAGGUGGCCUUCUUUGGCCGGACGAGCAAUGGCAAGAGCACGGUGAUCAACGCCAUGCUGUGGGACAAGGUGCUGCCCUCAGGGAUCGGCCACACCACCAACUGCUUCCUGCGCGUGGAGGGCACAGACGGCCAUGAAGCCUUCCUGCUCACUGAGGGCUCGGAGGAGAAGAAGAGCGUCAAGACCGUAAACCAGCUGGCCCACGCCCUCCAUCAGGAUGAGCAGCUGCACGCAGGCAGCCUGGUCAGUGUGAUGUGGCCCAACUCCAAGUGCUCAUUGCUCAGGGAUGAUCUGGUGCUGAUGGACAGCCCUGGCAUCGAUGUCACCACGGAGCUGGACAGCUGGAUCGACAAGUUCUGCCUGGACGCUGACGUGUUUGUGCUGGUGGCCAAUUCGGAGUCCACUCUGAUGCAGACGGAGAAGCAAUUCUUCCACAAGGUCAGCGAGCGCCUCUCCCGGCCCAACAUUUUCAUCCUCAACAACCGCUGGGAUGCAUCUGCCUCGGAGCCCGAGUACAUGGAGGAGGUGCGGCGGCAGCACAUGGAGCGCUGCACUGGCUUCCUGGUGGAUGAGCUGGGUGUGGUGGACCGAGGCCAGGCUGGAGACCGCAUCUUCUUCGUGUCUGCCAAGGAGGUGCUCAACGCUCGGAUCCAGAAGGCUCAGGGCAUGCCUGAAGGAGGGGGCGCUCUGGCCGAGGGCUUUCAAGUGAGGAUGUUGGAGUUUCAGAAUUUCGAGAGGAGGUUUGAGGAGUGCAUAUCCCAGUCCGCUGUGAAGACCAAAUUUGAGCAGCAUACGGUCCGAGCCAAGCAGAUCGCCGAGGCCGUGCGCCUCAUCAUGGAUUCGCUGCAUGUGGCAGCCCAGGAGCAGCGUGUUUACUGCCUGGAGAUGCGCGAGGACCGGCAGGAGCGGCUUCGCUUCAUCGACAAACAGCUGGAGCUCCUGGCACAAGACUACAAACUGCGGAUCAAGCAGCUCACUGAGGAGGUGGAGAGGCAGGUGUCCACAGCCAUGGCCGAGGAGAUCCGGCGGCUCUCCGUGCUGGUGGAUGACUACCAGAUGGACUUCCACCCCUCCCCAGUGGUCCUCAAGGUCUACAAGAACGAGCUGCACCGACACAUCGAGGAAGGGCUGGGCCGGAACAUGUCUGAGCGCUGCUCGACGGCCAUCGCUGGUUCACUGCAGGCCAUGCAGCAGGACAUGGUCGAUGGCCUGAAGCCCUUGCUGCCGGCGACCGUGCGCAGUCAGAUGGACGUGCUGGUCCCUCGGCAAUGCUUCUCCCUCAGUUACGACCUCAACUGUGACAAGCUGUGCGCCGACUUCCAGGAGGACAUCGAGUUCCACUUCUCUCUGGGCUGGACCAUGCUGGUCAACAGGUUUCUGGGCCCCAAGAACAGCCGCCGAGCCUUGAUGGGCUAUAAUGACCAGGUGCAGCGACCCUUGCCCCUGACGCCCGCCAAUCCCAGCAUGCCCCCACUGCCUCAGGGCUCGCUCACCCAGGAAGAACUCAUGGUGUCCAUGGUCACCGGCCUGGCCUCCCUCACGUCCAGGACCUCCAUGGGCAUCCUUGUGGUCGGAGGAGUGGUGUGGAAGGCCGUGGGCUGGCGGCUCAUCGCUCUGUCCUUCGGGCUCUACGGCCUCCUGUACGUGUACGAGCGCCUGACCUGGACAACCAAGGCCAAGGAACGGGCUUUCAAGCGCCAGUUCGUGGACUACGCUAGCGAGAAGCUGCAGCUCAUCAUCAGCUACACGGGCUCCAACUGCAGCCACCAAGUGCAGCAGGAACUCUCUGGAACCUUCGCUCAUCUCUGCCAGCAAGUUGACAUUACCCGGGAGAACUUGGAGCAGGAGAUCGCUGCUAUGAACAAGAAGAUUGAGGUUCUUAACUCACUUCAGAGCAAGGCCAAGCUGCUCAGGAACAAAGCGGGCUGGCUGGACAGCGAACUCAGCAUGUUCACACACCAGUACCUGCAGCCAAGCAGAUAGUGGCCACGGGGCCCCCCACCCCCACCUCCCCCUCUCCUCACCCCUAGAUGUCAGCCCUCCUUCUUCGCCUGUGCCAUGGGAAGACCUACCUGAUCAUUCCCUCAGAGGCCACCAUGUAAACGAUGAUGUGGAUGGUGUGGACCCUGGAGAACUCUUGCUUUGUUGGGGGCCCCCAAUGGAGGAGCAUGUGAUGCUUGAAAAGGCCCUGGGACUUUGCCACAUCACAGGAUGCCGCUGGGUGCCCCUCGUGUCAGCAGACACCCCAUCCGUCUCUGCCCCUUCAGACAGACACGUAUAUACACACAUAUCCAACACAUUCACACACAUGCAUAUGCUCAUCACAUACACACAGUCGUUCUCCUGCAGUGACACAGUCAGGCACACUAUUGUCACCUGAGUGGGCUGAGCUGCUUCCCGCCGGCAGCAAACCUGGCCCAGGGCCUGUGACCUUGUGUCACUUUGUCCUUUAGCUUUGCUCUUUGUCCUUGUGGUGGGGCUCAGUCCGCCAUGGUUUGGGGGGGUGCAGGAGCCGCUGUCUUCGAGGCAGCAGCUGGAAGAGGAGAGGCGUUGAGGGCUGUGGGGUGUGGAGGGGCUCAGGCAGGCACUGUCACGGCGGGAAGGGCGGCCUGGCCUUGCCCGCUGAGUGUUCGGUGAUGGUCUGUGGUCUGAGUAGAGAGAGGAUGUGAUGGGAGGGAGGGUGGUGGAAGGUCAGUCGGAGCCUCGCUACUCCAUGUGAGGCCCGUGGGGUGAGAGUCCCCCCACUCGCUUGUGGCACUUCAGUUCUCCCCAUGCUCUACACCCCAUUCCUGGCCAUUGGCAGUUGCACUUAGUGACCAUAAGGCCAUUGACACCCAGUUCUCUGGCUCCCUGUGCCUGGGAGCCACCUUAUUGGUCCAAUGACCUGUUUCCUGUUAUCCACUUAAGAGGUUUUGCCACCAGCACAAGUGGGGCUGGGUCCCGGUCCCUUUCUCUAAGGUGUGGGGCAAGGGUCUCUCCUCGGGGUGGCAGAGCCUUGGCCGUGCAGACCCAAGGACGUCCAAAACAGGCCCUAGAUAAAUGGGCCUCGUCCUAGGCUCUGGCUGCGGUUGCACAAUGACACCCCAGGACCCCGCUGUCUCCCACGCCAAAGACAAAGUAGGCGCUCAACGUGCCAGAAGAAACUGGUGUUCCACAACUCCAAGAACUGCUGUUUUUUGUUUGGGGGGAGGGGGGGUGUCUUUAAUUUGAAUGACCAUUCAUGAAUAUUUUUAAGGUAGCCCUGGCAUGAAAUAUGAUUUUGAGCUUCUUAUGUUCGAUGAAAUUUAUACCACUGAGGGAGAGACGGAAGAAGCGUGGCAGAAAAGCACUUUAAUUUCAUGCUGCUACGACCUCAAGCUCUUUUCGAUGUUUGUUUGCUGGAGCGGGAGAUGGCGUGGGGCCCGGUGAGGUUUUUUUUUUUCUCCGCUGUAUUUAAGGUGAUUAUUUUUGCCUGAAUUUCCCCCCCUGUAUCAGUGCUGAUAAUAUCGGAGACUCAAAUAAACCCUGGUUGGAAACCCA